GCUACAAUCAAUGGGGGAAUGCAGAUAGUUGAAUAAACCCAGUUCUCACAUACAGUUGCCACCAUGAAGAAAACCGUGAUAAAAGUCACUAUCAAUUGUCAGCUUUGCAAAACAGAUGUACUAAAAGCAGUCACCAAACUUCCAGGUAUAGAUAUAGUGGCUGUGGAUGGACAGAAGGGAACGUUAACUGUUGUGGGGGAUGUUGACCCAGUGUUGGUGGUCAAACGACUGAGGAAGAUCGGAAAGACUGCACAAAUUAUCAGCGUCGGACCGCCUAAGCCUCCUGAACCUAAGCCUUCCAUACUCCUCCUCCCUCCAUGUUGUAAUCAAUGUGAGCUUGUUGGUUUCAGAUAUGCUCCUUAUGAUGGUGGAUUGUGCAACAUUCUUUGAGGGGAUCUUCGAAGUUGGUAUAUAAUAUUCAUGAAUAAAGUCAUUCAUUUUCAUCAACCCUACUCAACUUUUUAUAUACAUUUUCUUUAAUAUGAAAAUAAAUAGACUAACAU